UUACUGGACAGGCCAUCCUUCCCCUACUAACGUAAAUGUCAUCUUUUCAUACUAAAUUUCUCCAUACACUGGUAUUUACUCCUACAUCUUCCAUCAGUGCUUUUGAGAAUUUUGAACACUCUUCCAUCACACGCAUGUACCAUCAUUUAUUUAAUCUAUCUCCUAUUAGUAGGCAUUUGGGACGUUUCCUGCUCUUCCAUACUAAACAACGCAUAUAAUUUUGGACUACAUUAAACAAUUCUCUGCCUCAGUGGUUCAAGUUGGGUAAAUUAUGCGUUUACACUUUUCUUCGGAUUACUUUUAAAAUGACAACCACUAUGUUUUCCUGGUCUCAAUUACCAGAGAAUUGGCAAGAAACCUGACAGCUGGGGCUUAGGAUUCCCCGCGCCAGACCUCUGAACUACACCAGGGGGCGCAGUUUCCCUACUCGGCCUCGGCCACAUCCGGGUUCCACCGCAGAUUCGGGCAGGGAGCAGGCGGAACCUUUCUACCGCGUCUCUAGCUAACACGGCGGGGACAGUUUAGGCCUCCGCGCACCGUUCUCCGGGAGUCUUGCAGUUCGCUUGGUGCAGGGAAGGCGGGCGCGGAGGUUCUAUCUGCUUCUUCCUCCUUCCUGAGCAGCAUGGACGUGCUAGCGGAGGAGUUUGGGAACCUGACUCCGGAGCAGCUGGCUGCGCCGAUCCCGACUGUAGAGGAAAAAUGGAGGCUGCUUCCAGCAUUUUUAAAGGUGAAAGGCCUUGUGAAACAGCAUAUAGAUUCAUUUAACUAUUUCAUUAAUGUAGAGAUAAAGAAGAUAAUGAAAGCCAAUGAAAAGGUUACAAGUGAUGCUGACCCUAUGUGGUACUUAAAAUAUCUUAAUAUCUACGUUGGGCUUCCUGAUGUUGAAGAAAGCUUCAAUGUAACUAGACCAGUGUCCCCUCAUGAGUGCCGUUUGAGAGACAUGACAUACUCUGCCCCUAUUACAGUGGAUAUUGAAUAUACCCGAGGCAGCCAGAGGAUCAUCCGCAAUGCCUUACCCAUCGGCAGAAUGCCCAUAAUGCUACGUAGUUCAAACUGUGUUCUUACUGGAAAAACGCCAGCAGAAUUUGCCAAACUGAACGAAUGUCCUUUAGAUCCAGGUGGCUACUUCAUUGUUAAAGGAGUAGAAAAAGUUAUUCUUAUCCAAGAGCAGCUGUCUAAGAACAGGAUCAUCGUGGAGGCUGAUAGAAAAGGAGCCGUUGGAGCUUCAGUUACCAGCUCUACCCAUGAGAAAAAAAGCAGAACCAAUAUGGCUGUGAAACAAGGACGAUUUUAUUUGAGGCAUAAUACUUUGUCAGAAGAUAUACCCAUUGUCAUCAUAUUUAAGGCCAUGGGUGUUGAGAGUGACCAGGAAAUUGUGCAGAUGAUUGGAACAGAGGAGCACGUGAUGGCUGCAUUUGGGCCCAGUCUGGAAGAGUGCCAGAAAGCUCAGAUUUUCACACAGAUGCAGGCAUUAAAAUAUAUAGGGAACAAAGUAAGAAGGCAAAGGAUGUGGGGAGGUGGACCAAAGAAAACCAAAAUAGAAGAAGCAAGAGAGCUCCUGGCUUCCACCAUUCUGACCCAUGUCCCAGUUAAGGAAUUCAAUUUCCGAGCCAAAUGUAUCUAUACUGCAGUGAUGGUGCGAAGAGUAAUUCUGGCCCAAGGAGAUAAUAAAGUUGAUGACAGAGAUUAUUAUGGGAACAAGCGACUGGAAUUGGCAGGACAGCUUUUAUCUCUUCUUUUUGAAGACUUGUUCAAAAAAUUUAAUUCUGAAAUGAAAAAGAUUGCCGACCAGGUGAUUCCUAAGCAAAGAGCAGCCCAGUUUGAUGUUGUCAAACACAUGCGCCAAGACCAGAUCACCAAUGGCAUGGUGAAUGCUAUUUCUACCGGAAAUUGGUCUCUAAAGAGAUUUAAAAUGGACCGCCAGGGUGUAACCCAAGUGCUGUCUCGCUUGUCAUAUAUAUCUGCACUGGGCAUGAUGACAAGAAUCUCUUCCCAGUUUGAAAAAACAAGAAAAGUGAGUGGUCCUCGCUCCCUCCAGCCAUCUCAGUGGGGAAUGCUUUGUCCUUCGGACACUCCUGAAGGAGAGGCAUGUGGUUUGGUUAAAAACUUGGCCCUUAUGACACACAUCACAACUGAUAUGGAAGAUGGACCCAUUGUUAAAUUAGCCAGUAACUUGGGAGUAGAAGAUGUGAAUUUAUUAUGUGGGGAAGAGCUCUCUUACCCAAAUGUGUUUCUUGUGUUUCUUAAUGGUAACAUCUUGGGUGUCAUUCGCGACCACAAAAAGCUGGUGAAUACAUUUCGACUCAUGAGAAGAGCAGGAUAUAUCAAUGAAUUUGUUUCCAUCUCAACAAAUCUUACAGAUCGAUGUGUCUAUAUUUCUUCUGAUGGAGGAAGGCUAUGCAGACCCUACAUAAUUGUCAAGAAACAGAAGCCAGCAGUCACAAAUAAACAUAUGGAAGAGCUGGCCCAAGGGUACAGAAAUUUUGAAGAUUUCUUACAUGAGAGUCUGGUUGAAUAUUUAGAUGUAAAUGAAGAAAAUGAUUGUAACAUUGCACUGUACGAACACACAAUUAAUAAAGACACCACCCACUUGGAGAUUGAGCCCUUCACUCUUCUCGGCGUGUGUGCUGGACUGAUCCCAUACCCUCACCAUAACCAGUCACCGAGAAACACUUACCAGUGUGCCAUGGGGAAACAAGCCAUGGGUACUAUAGGAUACAACCAGCGAAACAGAAUUGAUACUCUCAUGUAUCUACUAGCAUAUCCACAAAAACCCAUGGUUAAGACAAAAACCAUUGAAUUGAUAGAAUUUGAGAAACUGCCAGCUGGACAGAAUGCAACAGUUGCUGUGAUGAGCUAUAGUGGCUAUGAUAUUGAAGAUGCCCUUGUUUUAAACAAGGCCUCUUUAGACAGAGGCUUUGGGCGUUGCCUUGUAUAUAAAAAUGCUAAAUGUACGUUGAAACGAUAUACCAAUCAGACUUUUGAUAAAGUAAUGGGGCCCAUGUUGGAUGCUGCUACAAGGAAACCUAUCUGGCGACAUGAAAUCUUAGAUGCAGAUGGUAUUUGUUCUCCAGGUGAGAAAGUAGAAAACAAACAAGUGCUUGUAAAUAAGUCCAUGCCCACGGUGACUCAGAUUCCUUUGGAAGGAAGUAAUGUACCACAGCAACCACAGUACAAAGAUGUACCCAUAACCUAUAAAGGAGCCACAGAUUCAUACAUUGAAAAAGUGAUGAUAUCUUCAAAUGCUGAAGAUGCUUUUCUGAUCAAAAUGCUGCUGAGACAGACAAGGCGUCCAGAAAUUGGAGACAAAUUCAGCAGUCGUCAUGGGCAAAAAGGUGUUUGUGGCUUGAUUGUCCCCCAGGAAGACAUGCCAUUUUGUGAUUCUGGCAUCUGUCCGGAUAUCAUCAUGAACCCACACGGCUUCCCAUCACGAAUGACGGUGGGGAAGCUCAUUGAGCUGCUGGCUGGCAAGGCCGGUGUGCUGGAUGGCAGAUUCCACUACGGCACUGCGUUUGGAGGCAGUAAAGUGAAGGAUGUGUGUGAGGACCUCGUUCGCCACGGUUAUAACUACUUGGGGAAAGACUAUGUUACAUCGGGCAUCACAGGUGAGCCCUUAGAAGCAUACAUAUAUUUUGGCCCCGUGUACUAUCAGAAGCUGAAACACAUGGUGCUGGAUAAAAUGCAUGCCCGGGCCCGGGGCCCACGAGCCGUCCUUACCAGGCAACCCACCGAAGGACGGUCUCGUGAUGGUGGCUUGCGUCUUGGAGAAAUGGAACGUGACUGUUUAAUCGGUUAUGGAGCCAGUAUGCUUUUGCUAGAGAGACUAAUGAUUUCAAGUGAUGCCUUUGAGGUUGAUGUCUGUGGGCAGUGUGGACUUCUGGGGUAUUCUGGCUGGUGCCAUUACUGCAAGUCAUCCUGCCACGUGUCUUCCCUCCGUAUUCCGUAUGCCUGCAAGCUGCUCUUCCAGGAGCUACAGUCUAUGAACAUUAUCCCCAGGUUAAAACUGUCCAAGUACAAUGAAUGAGGAUAGAAAAAAAUGAUUAUUAAAGAGAACAAGCGAUACAUCCAAUACAAUGGAAAGCAGAAGGGAUUUAGGACUACUACUCCUCCUGUGAAGAAUUCCCUUGUGUAUUCUGUCACUAAAACAAACAAACAAAAAAAAUGGAGAGGCUUUUGAUAUACUACAAGACUGGCUAAACAACCUUGAUCAGUGAACCUUGAGCCAUGGGAGAGAUGCUGACCAUGUGGACUGCAAGGCAGCUUGAUUCACAGAUGGAUGUGACCUACAGGAGAAAUAAACCAUUACUUAUGUGCUGAUGUCUUGACAUUCACUCAUUAGAAGACCUUACUCCUUCAAGAGAAUGUCUGGGGUCAAAUUUACCAUAUCUUCUGGCUAACGAUGUUCAAGGUUCUUCUGGAAACUUGGAAGAUGUAAAGAAUCCAUUUGAUUUGGUCAGCCUGGCUUUUGUGGCUGGCUCUGAUAAAUUUUCCCAACAAUUAAAUCUUGCCUUUAUACACCGAAACUUUGUAAUUUUAGUCUUGGUGAAAUAUAAUGACAUUCUUGUCAAGCAAGAAUGUCAUCUUCCCUUAUGGACUCAAUUGCUAUUAUUUUGAACCUCCAUGAUUGCACCAUGCAACAAUAUUCAUUAAAUAUCUGAAUCUAA